CCAAAGUCAUCGCAUUGCUCCGAAGAGCGAAACUAUAUACAUCGUAAAUUCGAUAGCACCAGCUACAAGCACAAGCGGUCAGCAUCAUCCUCGUCAGCGAGGACAACUUCAUCCGGACACAAAGAGCGCAGCAUCGAGUAGUUUUGACUGGCAGUUUGGAAAAAGGUUCAUCUGUCAUAGGGACAUUUCAUUUGGAUUUGCCCCCUCGGCCGAGAAAGCUGGUGCUCUUGCCAAGAAAGUAAUACGAAAAAGCCUUCAAGCCGAUUUCAUUUUAUUGGAAGAAACCAACCAACAGCACUAUGUCUGACUACGAGUACUAUGGCGGUCGCCGCCAGCAGAGCUCCUCCUCCCGCCGACGUUCCCGUUCGCGUUCCGGAUCGGAGUCACCGCCUCCGGAACCGCGCCAUCAUUCCGGACGUUCGUCCCGUGAUCGCAUGCGGAUGCACAAGGCUCGCGAACAUCCACAAGCCAGCCGCUGCGUAGGAGUAUUCGGUUUGAACACAAACACCUCGCAGCACAAGGUCCGCGAGCUGUUCAACAAGUACGGACCCAUCGAACGCAUCCAGAUGGUUAUAGACGCACAUACACAGCGUUCCCGGGGCUUCUGUUUCAUUUACUUUGAGAAUCUCAACGAUGCCCGUGUGGCCAAGGACUCCUGUUCCGGCAUUGAAGUCGAUGGUCGCCGCAUUCGCGUCGAUUUCUCCAUAACCCAACGGGCCCACACACCAACUCCGGGCGUUUAUAUGGGUCGUCCCUCGCGUGUAUUCACUGGACGCUCCCGUUCGCCGCGUGGAGGACGCCGUCAGAUUCGCGAUCGCUCUGCUUCCCCCAAUGAGUACUAUCGUGAUCGCAAUAAGUACCGCAACGAUCGCUACGAUCGUAGUCUCCGCAGGAGCACUAGUCGCCACCGCCACACUCGCAACAAAAGCUACAGCCGUUCACGUUCUCCGCACCCACGUCGCAUUUCAUCGCGCUAUUAGUGCGCCUUGGAAGGAGGCUACUUCCUUAACUCGUGCUCCUAAGUUGGCUCAACUGGAUUGCGUCAAACGAGCUGUAAAGGAGCAUACGACUGAAAUAUUGUGUUUUGGUGAAACCAUCCCAUCUAAGGCAUUUGGUUGGCGAACAGCUCACAACUAGACUAAUUAUCAAAUUCAUUAUUCACCGAAAACAGCUUUUUAUCAUAAUUAUUCGUUAACCAUUAUUGAUGCUGUACAAAAACUUAGUUUGUAAAUAUCAAAUCAAUUACCAACAUUA